CCGCUGCGCGCUCGGCGGGGGAGGAGUCGGAGGCGGAGAAGAAGGCGGUGGUGGCGGGUGGCGGAUCGAGCGCCGUUCGCGUUCCGGAGCCGCUUCGCGUUUCGGAAUCUUUAAAGCUUAUCCAUUGUAUGAGUGAAAACUAAGUCACAUCAAUAUUUUUACUGAACUGGACACACAGAAAUUGCCAUAUAUGUCACAGUACACUGAAAAAGAGCCAUCAGUAAUGGAUCAAGAAUCCAGCAAGGCUGUGUGGCCCAAAUCAGCAGGAGGAUAUCAGACAAUUACAGGCAGGAGAUAUGGAAGAAGACAUGCAUAUGUCAGUUUUAAACCAUGUAUGACCAGACAUGAAAGAAGCUUAGGCCGGGCUGGUGAUGACUAUGAAGUGCUGGAACUAGAUGAUGUUCCAAAGGAGAAUUCCUCAGGUUCCAGUCCAUUGGAUCAAGUUCAUUCUUCUUUACCCAGUGAACCUAAACUUGCAAAAAGUGAAACAGAAAGUUUCAUUCGUGGCACAGAAACCAUUGAGAGCAGUCCAUCCUUGGCUGUAGCAUGUCAUAGUGUGGAAGGCAGGGAGACCUUAGGAAGCAGUAAGAGUGUUGUUCAUAAGCACUCUGACUGCGGAGAGUAUGCUCCAGGAGCUUGUAAUGCCUCAAGUGUCCAAAACGGAAUUGCACUGGUUCACUCUAACUCUCACGAUCCAGACAGCAAGCAUGGGGAGGAUGACUGUCUUCAGCUUUCUGUAGAAAUUGUGGAAGGUGGUAGAUAUCAGGAAGCAUUAGGCAGUACAGUAUUCGAGUUGGAAAAUGGAGAGGCAGAAACAUAUGUUGGUCUUUCACCAUCACUUCCUUCUUUUAACAGUGAAAUAAGCGAUGAGUUUGAAGAGUUAGAUCCAGCAUCAUUAGUGAAAAGUUCAGGGGAGACUGAAUUUGUCCAUCAGAAUGGCCAGGAAUUUCAGAGGUCUCCUGAAGAUGUUGUUAGAAAGGAACAGGGAGACCAUACUGACCAGGAAAGACAGACAGAAAAUUCAACUGAAAAUGUAGCUUGUAUUACAGGGCAUAUUUGUAGUGAACAAAGUCCUGGUGAUAGGGACAAAAAGCAUGGAAGUUCGCCUGAACAGGUAGUGAGGCCGAAAGUUAGGAAAGUGAUAAGUUCAAGCCAAGUGGACCAAGAAAUAGGAUUUAAUAGGCAUGAAGCUAAACAGAGAAGUGUUCAGAGAUGGAGGGAGGCUUUGGAAGUUGAGGAAUGUGGCUCAGAUGACCCCAUAAUAAAGAUUGACGAAUACGAUGGAGAGCAUGAGUGUAUGUUCUUGGAUCCACCUUACUCAAGAGUUACACCACGGGAAGCACACAGCCAUAUGACAUCUGAAAGUAGAGCUGCAGCAGGAAGGCAGGACAUUCGGGAGAACACCUUUUGGAAUGGCUGUGGAGAUUAUUACCAACUUUUUGACAAAGAUGAAGACAGUUCAGAAUGUAGUGAUGGGGAGUGGUCUGCUUCCUUGCCUCAUCGAUUUUCUGGUACAGAAAAAGAUCAGUCCUCAAGUGAUGAAAGCUGGGAGACUCUGCCAGGAAGAGAUGAAAAUGAACCUGAGCUACAGAGUGAUAGCAGUGGCCCUGAAGAAGAAAACCAAGAAUUAUCUCUACAGGAAGGGGAACAGACAUCCUUGGAAGAGGGAGAGAUUCCUUGGUUGCAGUACAGUGAAGUCAAUGAAAGCAGCAGCGAUGAGGGCAAUGAGCCGGCCAAUGAAUUUGCACAGCCGGAAGCUUUCAUGUUGGACGGGAACAACAACCUCGAGGACGACUCCAGUGUGAGCGAAGACCUGGAUGUGGACUGGAGUCUAUUUGAUGGCUUUGCGGAUGGACUAGGAGUUGCUGAAGCUAUUUCUUAUGUGGAUCCUCAGUUCCUCACCUACAUGGCACUUGAAGAGCGCCUAGCCCAGGCUAUGGAGACUGCACUGGCACAUUUAGAGUCCCUUGCAGUGGAUGUUGAGGUGGCCAAUCCACCAGCCAGUAAGGAGAGCAUCGACGGCCUUCCAGAGACCCUUGUUCUUGAAGAUCACACUGCUAUUGGUCAGGAGCAGUGCUGUCCAAUCUGUUGCAGCGAGUAUAUAAAGGACGAUAUAGCAACAGAGUUACCCUGUCACCACUUCUUUCACAAGCCUUGUGUCUCAAUUUGGCUACAGAAGUCGGGAACAUGCCCUGUGUGCCGCCGUCAUUUCCCACCUGCAGUUAUUGAAGCGUCUGCAGCUGCUUCCUCUGAGCCUGAUCCCGAUGCCCCACCUUCAAAUGACAGCCCUGCAGAAGCCCCCUAAACCCUAACAGUGGAAAUGAGAUCAAUCUAUCAAAGUAAAUCUUCACAUUUCUUCUAAAUCUGAUGUGCAAAUAACUAUAUAUAAAUAUAUUAAAAAUGCUAUGUAUAGUCUAUGCCAUAGUUUAGAAGGAGAAUACUAACUUUCUAAACUGAAUUUAGGUUUGCAGAAAGUACUAAACAUUUUCAAGCUGAAUGUUAAAGCAGUGCAUCAUUCUCUUUAGUUGAAUAUGUUGAUAUUAAUUGUAGAGUCAAGCUUACCGGUUAAUUCUCUCCAAAAGAGAGAGUCGUCUGUGUGGCACACGUUACUGGUUUUGUCUAAAGAACUGCCACGAAGAGAUUAUAGUUAAGCUCUCCUGUUCACAUCAGAUGUGAAGACUGUGAUCCCAACAGUAGUAAUAUUUGAUUUCAUUGGAAAUAAAUUAUAAAGCGUAUUUCACUGGGCCCUUUGGUUUUGCUGUACCCAAAUCUCUUGAUUCGUAAUGCGGAGAUUUUUAGAAAUGCAUCUACUUUUCCUUCUUUGUUUAUCAUUGGGACUUUUCAAUGCCAAAGUCUAAAAUUUUGGCCAGUAUAUCACAGAAUUUAAAAUCUUACAUAUAACCCUCCCUGAAAUAGGUUGUAAAUUAUUUAAAAAACAGUGGGAGUGCUUCACGUAAAGAUAUCGGUAAAGCAUAUAAAGAAUUUGUUGUGCUCAGUUCUUGGUACAAUGAGACGAAUUAGAUGGCCUUAUGAAAUAGGUUGAUCUGAACUCAACCUGUAUGUACUUGGUUAAAAUUAUACUUGAAGGUCCAGAACACUACUGGCAUAUUUGCUUAAUAAGUAUUGGAUAUAGUUAGUUUCGGGUGAUUUUAGUUUUAAAAUAUUUUGGGGAGGUCUGAAAUUUUGCACAGGGUCAUCUUUAAUUCUCUAACCCCAAACCAAAAUUGCACAGCUUCUCUUAGGUGAUCACACACAGUAGGCAGGUUUGUACAAGUGUGGACAUGAUUGUGAACUUCAGAUGUGAUACGAUAAUCACCACUAGAAAACAGAGGCUUUUAGAAUAUCACAUUUGAGCAAGUGAAGUAGUAAAGCACACAGUGAGUGUACACCCAUCCAAGUGGUCCAUCAACAAGUUUAGUUGAAGGAAUAUUUCUGUGGCUUUCCAAAUGCAGAAUUUCAUUUUAUUUGUGUGAUUCUCUGAGUAUUUAUAUUUUGUCUCUUUUUUCCAUUCCUAAAAAUAAAUGAAUUUUCACUGUUGGCACAUUUGAGGCUUAAAUAUAAGGAACAUAACACUUGCAUUCUAAUUUUUGCAUAUAUUGUAAAUGUGUCUGGUAUUUACAACAAAAUACUGUGUAUCCUUUUAUGGGUAAAACAAAGUGAACAUUGCAUGCAUGUAAUGUGGUGAAUUUGUAAUUUAGGGGUUCUUUGGGGCUUCUGUGACUUCGGAAAUGCUUACAUUCAGGCCUUAAUGUUGCAUUAGCUAGCAUGUUUUCCUUGGGAUGUAUAUAGUCACUGUUGUAUAAACUAAUCUUUGCCUGUUUUCUACUGUGUGAUCUUUCCAUGCCAUACUUCAUUGAUGAUCAGUUAGUGUCAAGGAGUCAGAUCAGAUUAAAAUUAACUCUCAUGUGUAUCUUGUGGAAAUUCGUGGCUAGUACGGUAUUUUUGUUUAUUUCCUUUCAAGUAGUGUUGAUCAGUUGUGACACUGGUUAAACUUACAUUGGUACAGAUCACUUUGUAAUAAGCCACACAUUAUAUUUAGACAGUAUUAAGGGACCUUGGUUUUCUUCGCCUGGAUAGCAGCUAUCCCAAAGAACGUUCAUGUUUCUUUUUUGCCGGUUAAGAUUUAGCAGUUAUCUGCCAGUUAAGAAGUUUUGGUUCCAAGCUCAGCCAGCACUGUUGUAAACUGAAUUUAAGGUAGCUGUUGUACCUUUUGCUUUCGAUCUGUUACCGUCCUUUGUUACUGACUCCCUGCUAUUUAUAAGCGGCUGCUACAGAGGAGAAAAGUUGAAAACUAGUUGUUUUAAAUUUUAAAAAAAGAAAUUGAAGUUUUAGGAUUUUUGUUGUAACAAGCCUCUAUAAGCUGAGAGUGACAAGUUCAGACCCCAAAAUAUUAUUUGAUCUUGCCUUGGAUCCUUUUGAAAAAAGUUAAGAAUAUAUAAAGAUUAAUUAGAAAUAAGUAUGAAUAUUAAUAAAGUAUCAUUUAUCUUAUUUCUCUAUUUUAUGUUGUGACUUAAUAAUUUUAUUUUUUGAACAUUUUCUUAUUUCUUGUAAUAUGAAUGCUGAUAUUUAAAGUUAGACUCAUGUGGUUUUUUGUGUGUUUUUUGUUUAUCUCUAAGCUAACUCUUAUUUGUGAUCUGGACUCAUACAUAAGCUGUUAAAUAUAUAUAAACUGUUAAAGUGGAAUGCAAGUUUUUUGAAAGCCCAGGUCUAAAUGUAAUGAUUGGUUUAUUGUUCUACAAUGCCAGCCCAUUGUUUUCAGUGUAAAUCAUAAACAAUAAACAAGUUAUACUCGGUGGUCAUUUCUAA